AUGAUCAGGAAGAUUGUAGUAUUCCUGGUGUGUGGAGCUCUUCUCAUUUUAAAGAGCUACAUAUAUGCCUAUCAUAGGUUCCCUAAACAUGACACACUCUCUGUGAAGGAACACGGUGGUACUAACAGCUACAGCCCUGUCAUGGAAUUGCACAAGAGCCUGGUUGAUAUCCCUUCCGUGUCAUACAAUGAGACUCACGUGUCUCGUUUUCUGCAGCUUUAUCUCUCAACCAGAGGUUACACUAUCGACUUGAUUGGAGAUCAUACCCGUCAGAACGUCUAUGCUUAUAAGGGAGCCCGAGAGGAUGCCAAGGUGUUGCUAACAAGCAACGUUGAUCACGUCACAAGUGGAACUCCGUAUAAUGUCAUCGACGGUGCCAUAUACGGCUCUGGAGCUCUUGAUGCCAAGUCUUGCAUUGCUGCCCAAGUAACUGCUCUUGAAGAGCUGUUGAGGGACAGGAAAGUUGCAUACAAUGAAGUGGCAUUGUUGUUUGUGGUUGGAGGAGAAGUCUUUGGAUCUGGAGGAAUGACCGAGGUGAACAAAAUGGUCAAACCGUGGAAAACUAUUAUCUUCGGAAAGCCUAGUGACUUGAAUUUGGUGAGUCGUCAUUGUGGAGUUGUCAUCAUCGGACUAGAGGGCGAAAACCAAGUCCUUAUCGACAUGAUGCAAGCCUUCAAGACUUCAAUAAUCUCUGGAACAGUAAAUGUGACUUUCACCAACAAUCAAAAGGCUACCGUGGAAGUUCGGUUUCUGGGAGAUGAGGAAAAUGUUGCAAGUGAAGUGGCUGGCGUCCUCACACGAUUCCGAGAUGUGAUAUUCACUUACCAGUCCUAUCCACCCCAGGACUUUAGUUGUGAGGUUCCUGGAUUUGAGUCUACCGUUUCCUCUCUAUCAAGUGACAGUCCACACCUUCAUGGAGACUUUGUUCGGUAUCUUUACGGUCCUGGUAACAUGAGUUUGGCCAAUGCACCAGAUGAGCAUAUCACCGUUACCGACCUGCUUGCAGCCGUGGAGGGAUACAAGAAACUGGUGUUGUUUGCAAUCGCAUGA